AUGCCUCCCAGAGUCAGCAGACGUACUACCCGCCUCACAAGCCGGGAGCCCGAGCAACAAUCUACGAAUGAGCCGCCGAAUACGUUGGUGAGGCCCCAUUUACCGGCCCUGCAAGGAACGCCCAGUACACGGAGGCAGUACACAUAUGGCUCGGGUGCUGAGCCACCACCGAAAGUGGGAGCUGGUCUGCAGCGCAUGGAUUUGGGCAGUGCCGUCAAUCAAGCCCUUGCAAAUAACGUCGAUGAUGAGGAAGACUUUGUUCGGCCAGCAAAGCCAAGGGCAGCGUCCUCAAGGGCAGAUGACGCGGGUCCAUCAAGAGACAAUACAUUACGCUCAGCAACAGGCAAUGUUCAGCAAUUAGCGAUUGAGAGAGAUGAUGAUAGCUCACGAAGCUUUGGGUUGGAAAGUGAAUACUACGAAGAUGCAACAAUAGGACCGGUGCCAUCCUUGUCAGCAAGUACAGAAAGACAGCUUGCUGCCCCCAACCUAAAUCCUCGAGCUCAGCGAGAUACGUCUGUACAGCGCAGCCUACAGCCAUCUCGUCUAAGCGAGCAACACAAUCUUGAGACGCAGCCCAGUAGACCUAGGGAUACCCUACAAACAUCACUCGAAGUACCGAGACAAACACGGCAGCAAUCGCGUGAACCAGAAGAAGACGAGCCGGAAAGGAGAGAUGCGCCUCCUACUCGUAGCAGGACUUCGGCGAACACACCAGCCCCAAACAAAACCCGACAAAGUCAGCCCUGGCCUCGAAAUCCCCCACCAGUGGAAGAUAGCGAGCAGAGUGAAAGCUCUGCUGGAAGCGAUCAAGACGAUAUCGAGAGGGAAACCCGAUAUGGAGGCAAUGCGAGAAAGGCACGUACAAUCACAAAGAAGACUUCUACACGUACAACGGCCAACCCAAGCCGUCGACAGACAGCACAACAGCUAUCUCGACAGGCUGCUCCUGAGAGGAGAGAUCAAAGAACAAGCGGAGGACAGAGCCUUUUUUCUAGAGUCGAUAGGCCUGCUUCGCAAUCAAGCGCAUUUGAAAAGACCCGUCAAAUUCCCCAUGAUACACAAGAGCGUGUCCAGGACAUUCAGCGAGAAAUUCAAGAAGCAGAGGAUCAAAUUGCUCGUGAACGAGCCGAGAGAGCCGAGAGAGAACGAGCGCCCCAAAUAGAGCCGUGGCGUCAAUGGUAUCGGGAACAGAUUGCUUGGUUAUCAACACUCUGGCCAUUUAAUCUGAUCUGGAGACGGCGUGGAGACGAUGACUUUGACGAUUUUGACGAUGAUCAAUACAACAAUGGUGGCCCUACGGAUUGGUGGAAAUUACUAAACCCCAUGACAUAUCUACAAUCUGUCGUAUGGUUGGUCGACAAGAUUAUGGAUAAUUUCGUCAAUUUUCUCGACAGAUUAUCUGGUAUUCAAAUCCGAGGUUCUCAGAUCGAAGGAGUUGUCUAUACUGUUCUCAUGGUCGGUGUUAGCUUGCUUUUGGGAGUCUUCCUCUACUCAGGCAUGGGAGCUGUGAAACCAUCUCUACCGAGCAUUCCAAGCUUUGGCUUAGGUGAUUUCCACAUCCCGAACCCUUCUGGCUUUGUUCACAACGUCGGAGACAUGAUGCCAUCCUUCUCAAUGCCCUCAUGGCCUUCCUGGAGUAGAGAUGACGAUGAGCAUGAUGUCUUUGCAGAGACUCCCAUUAACAACAUUCAACUUACGGAUGAAGUAAAAAAGGCAGUUAAGAAGCUGACGUCAAAACUCAGUGACCAGAAGAAAAGUCUCGAGAAGCUGGAAGCAAAACUCCCUCAAUUUAUCACCAUGGAAACCGUCAAUGGAAAACCAUCUAUUCCUCAACAGUUCUACCAUGGUCUUCAAGAUUAUCUGAAAGAGAGUGGGAGCUUUUUGAACAUGAAGAAGAAGGGUGGAAACUUCGAGAUCUCCACGGAAAAGCAGUGGAAGGCUAUUGUGGCUGGACUCGGUAAAGACAAAGAUUUCCAGGCGAAGCUCACAAAAGUGGUCGACAGCGGCAUUGAAGAGAAGCUGCCUACUUUCUGGGACAAAUGGUUCAAGAACAACAACAAGAUUCUCGAGCCGCUCAUUGAAAAGGCAAUGGCUAAGACAAAAGCUGCUGGAUCAGGAGCUGGAUUCGACAAGAAAAUCGCCCAGAUUGUCAAUGAACAACUUGGCAAGCAGAACCAGACAGUUGUUACUCGAAGCGAAUUCAUAAAGCAUCUUAGGAAUGAAUUGGCAACCCAUCAGACAACAGUUCAAGCUGAGCUCCAAGAGCUAAAGUCGGAUAUGUUGACUCAUAUUCAAGAGUCGAUUCGUACUGCACAAUUGAUGGCUCCACAGGGAACAUCAGACGCUGAGAUGAGGAAGCUCAUUCGAGAGAUCGUUGUCCAGACUAUAUCGGACGAAGUCCUCGGAGUUGGUGCCAAGGCAAAGAUUCACGAAGACUGGAACACGCGCCUCAAGCACCAGGUCAACUUCUUUGCAGUUGGUGCUGGGGCUACCAUUGAUAACUCUCUCACGACAAGUGUAUGGGACCCAUGGAAGAAGGGCAUCGCUACUGAAGAAGCCUUGAAGCGUGGCAUCUCUGGCUUACAUCCUCUCCCUGCCGCGGCAGCACUUCUCCCUUGGCAAGAUGAAGGAGACUGCUUUUGCUCAGUCCAUGACAUCGACGGUAGCGGACGAUACCACGGUGCCAGAAUCUCCGUUCAUCUUGGCCAUCUGGUUGUUCCCACUGAUAUUGUCAUCGAACACAUUAAUAAGAACGCCACAACAGAUCCACUGGCUCGACCGCGACAGAUCGAAGUCUUUGCUAGAUUCGAAGACAAAAUGGAGCGUGAUCAGGUCUUUGCCAUAACAGCCAACUGGUUCAGGGACGACACGACGAAUCGGAACGUGUCUGUUCCCCUCUCUGACCAAUUCGUCAAGAUCAGCGAUUUUGAGUAUGUCGGAAACGAGUUAAAUGACGGCGUACACGUACAGCACAUCAAAGAUCAGUUCUCCAACCUCGGAAUUGGCACAGAUCAGAUCGUCGUUCGAUCCAUGGGCAAUUACGGCGCGGUAGACCAUACGUGCUUUUAUCGCAUUCGAUUAUUUGGAAACGUGGUGGAAUAG